AUGGCGGACGACUCUCCAACACUGUUCCUCAACGAAGAGUGGAUUCAGAUAUCACUACCGGCUUUGCGGGGCAGGCCUGGGCCACACUGGAAACGCUUCAAGGGCCAGGCCGUGCUUGUAAAUUAUUUGAAGGCAGAGAAGGCCAGGCGGCGGCGCUCUGCUGCGCAUACACGCGGCUCGGGGCGCUGGUGUACGUCCGCACGGUGGCAGUGCUUGACCGGUGGCGAUGACUACGCCCAUGUCUUCGUCGGGGCCUUCGCCGGCGACCGAAAACCACCACAGCAGAAGAGUGGAUUCAGAUAUCAUGCUUUUCUGGUGUUGAACGCCCUUGUUGGAAUAGAAGCCUGGUGA